UUUUCAAUCGCCCGAACUUUUUUGUUGUAAAUGUGCUGAGUUUUUAUAUCCCAUCAUAUAAUUUGAAGAAGCUACUCCUUUGGUGCCAUGAAUAUAUCGAUGAAGGGGAAAACUCUCCAAAGGUGCUGUUUAGGUGAAAUCCUGCAUGUUCUAGCAUUGGCAACAGAAGUAUCCAAAAUUCAGCAAUAAAAGAACCGUUAACAUGGCCAAAGAUAUUGGAAUAAUAGAAAGUAAUGGCGAGAUAAAAGUUUUUACAGAUCAGAAUGUUAGUCCAGCAAAAAUUGCAUUAGUGACAGUAGCAUCUUCGCAUCUCACCACCCCAGGGAAACAAAUUUUGCCAAAAACAUUGGGUCUAUCAAAUGUUAGUAACGCUCCUCAGAUGAUAAUUAGUACACCUCAACGGGUACCGACAACACCUACUGUUUUAGUGGGAAGCCCCCAUGGUCCUAAUAUACACAUGUUAACUCAGGGUGAGGCAUCAGACUCUUCUCCAUGGAGUACAGGUAAAAGGAAUAAAAAGGGUGAAAAAAAUGGCAAAGGAUUGCGGCAUUUCUCGAUGAAGGUCUGCGAGAAAGUGCAACAGAAAGGAACAACUACCUACAAUGAAGUGGCAGAUGAGCUAGUGGCAGAAUUCAGUAACACCAACAACCAGGAAUCUGGCUCUGAUGAACAGGGAUAUGAUCAAAAGAAUAUAAGACGUCGUGUAUAUGAUGCCUUGAAUGUGCUUAUGGCAAUGAAUAUCAUUUCCAAAGAGAAGAAGGAAAUCAAAUGGAUAGGACUUCCCACAAACUCCGCUCAAGAGUGCCAGAAUCUGGAGAUGGAGAAACGGAAGAAAAUGGAAACGAUUAAACAGAAGCAGUCACAACUUAAGGAGUUGCUGCUGCAGCAAAUUGCCUUUAAGAAUCUGGUUCAACGAAAUCGCCUUGUAGAACAACAAUCUGGCAGGGUUCCUCCUCCCAAUACUGCCAUUCAACUGCCCUUCAUUUUAGUCAACACCAGCAAAAAAACAAUCAUAGACUGCAGCAUCUCUCCCGAUAAGUUUGAAUAUUUUUUUAACUUUGAUAACACAUUUGAAAUCCACGAUGACAUUGAAAUACUUAAGAGAAUGCGAAUGGCUUUUGGAUUGGAGUCUGGUGGCUGUUCUGCUGAUGAAUUGAAGAUGGCUAAGAGCCUAGUACCCCACGUACUGGAACCAUAUGUAAUAGAAAUGGCUAAAGGAGUGCAAAAUGUUAACUCAGGCCCAAGUUCAGUAGCAGCAUCCGCAUCUUCUUCAAGCUCCCAGUCUAACAGAGCAUUUGGUGCCAGUGACGAAAUAGCCUUACCAACUGAUACCGAAGUGGCCUUAGUGACCAGUCAAGCACAAGGAAGUUUCAAUGGUACACACUAUUCCGAUCCCAGAAUGGAGACCCCUACGUCCUAUAUUGAAGAUGACGAUGAUGAUGAUGAUGAAGAGGAGUAUGAAUGAAUUAAUGAUCAUACUGCAUUUCUUCCUAUUUUCUGUUGCUUAAAGUGGCAUCUCUGAAAAGAAUUGUCUCUGACACAGAGACUUUAAGAAUUGUUAUUUUGACUUGUGAGGGGUUUAACUUAAUUCUAUUCUCUUCUAAUUUAAGCAUAAGAAACAUUUAAUACAGAAUUGUAGAGAUACCUUUCUGAAUUUAAGAACAACAGUUGAAAUUUUAAAGAAGUUUUUGCCUCUCUGUUGAGGACCUACAAUGAGUUUUCUAACUGCACCAAGUGCAGCUAUAAAAGCUACUGGUUGUUCAAAUAUAUCUUGGGGGCACUAUCGCAGUAACAUCUCUGGCUUCACUGCCUGGUGCUGAUGUUUACAUGUUGUAGUUUUGCUAUUCUCAGCUGAGCUGGUGUAGCACCUUACAAAACAGUCCUAUUUCAAGGGAGGAAGAAAUGGAGUUGGUUACCUCCCCUGCUACAAGGUCACCUCCUGUUAGAUCCACCAGAAGGCAUUGAAAGUGGUCACAGAUGGAUCAGUGAUUUGUUCUAUCUCCUCAGCUUGGAGAUGUUAUUUUGAAUAAAUAGUUGGGGUAACUAAGGAGAAAGCGUUUAUUUAAAAAAAAAAAGUGCUAGUGUGGAAAAAUGGUGUUUGAAGUGUUACAUGUAAUUUAAAAGCUUUUUGCUGCUGCCAGAGAACUUUGUAAAAGGCAAUCCUGUAAUUGGUUUAAUAGAAUUUCUGGUACUAGGUCGCCAUACACAGUGUACCAUAUAGUUCUAUUUAGUAUGCAUCUGGCGCAGCAGUAAUGUAUGAAGUACUUCUUAAAAGCUUUAUUUCACCUUUUCAAACACAAGUAUAGUGGUGUAUUCACUGAACAGAUGCAGAUCUUUUUACCCAUCUUAUCUUUGUAACCACCUACAAAUAAAUGCUGAACAAAGUCUGUUGUGGAAUCAACAGUUUUUAUUAAACACAUUCUUAAUUGAAAAGUCUCUCAAUGACCCAAAGGAUUUAAGAACUUUUUUGCAGUGUGUAUCCAAAUGCUUGGUUUUCUGCGGCUAAGCUAAAAGCUUAAUAAUUUACACUCUGGUAUUUCUGGGUUUACUACCUGUACAGGUUUAUUUUAGAGUGAAACUGCUUUUGUAGUAUAACAGCAGUUGUGGUUUCAAUGCACCUGACUUUCUGAUCCUCCAAUUCGAUUUGAGUACUUUCAUCACUUUUCUCAGUAUGUUUAAUUCCAGGCGUUGGAUGGUUGGGGUUGAGGUAAGGUGUGCCGCAGGGUGAAGGGGGAGCAUGCAAAACACUUGUACAAGUACAUUUCUUAUUAACAGAUUGCAAGCAGAGAGGGAACAAACUUGCUCCUAUCUAGUAAGACAUUGGUAUAGGACAAAUGUCUGGUGUAUAUAUGUCUGUUUUAGCUUGGCUAAAGCUACAGCUGACUUCCUAAACUGAUAAUAAGUCAAUGGACUUCCCAUUGCCCACUCUGUACUACAUAGUUGAUCUAUUUUUAUCAUUGAAGAAGUGGUUUGCUGGAUUGCUUCCUGAUACUGAAGAGUUCAAUUGUGGAAAGCAGGCAUUUCCUUUCUCCCUGGUGGAAGCAUACUUCCUGUUAAUUAUUUGAACGUUGGACAUGGGGAAGACUACAACCCAGAAUGGUUGUAUUUCCUAGUUACAGCGCUUCAUAAAGUCAAUUGGAAAGACUAAAGGGAUGAAAAAAUUUGGUAUUGAGCCAAGGUUCCUUGAGUAUAUUUAAAUACAAUGAGAGUAAAGAAAAUAGAAUCAAGUUGUGAAGAAUCCCUCAGAAGUAUUGCUUUUGCCCUGUUGAUAACAAGCAAAAGUGUGUUCAUGUAUAGUUUUGUUACUCAAAACACUUUACUUGCCCUUCAAACUUUUGUCUCCUGAAAAUAUAAUGGGUACAACAACUUUGUACUCAAUGUUUUUUUUUUCAUGAUGUUCAGUUGUCUUUCCUUUCCUGUUUAUUUCAUUGACUAUUUGGAGCAAUACAAAAUGCACUUCACGAUUUGCUGUUUAUUUUAAUUUAACAAGAGGGUGAAACUCACCCUCCUCCUAAACAUUGCAUUUAAAAAAAAGUUACCAGUAAGAUCAAAUAGCUGAAGAUUCAAACUUGAAGUGAAACUUAAGAGCGUGCGUGUGUGUGUCUGUGUGUAUGUGUGUGUCUCUCUCUCUCUCUCUCUCUCUCUCCCAGGUUUGAGUUUGAGCAAUUGGAUCGAAUAAAGCAUAGGAACUGUGGCCCCAUAGUAACCUAAUAAACUAAGUCUGUAUUGUGAUUCUUAAAUUGAUUUUAAGGAAGUUUCCUGAAGCAACUUUUUGAGGAACUUUGUACAUUUUCAGAAGCUUGUUCACAGAAUUUUCUAUAAACACUAGGUCUAUUUGUAGACCAUCUUGAGUAUAAAGAGAAGGCAAUAACUGGAAUAGAAAUUAUUUAAGACUGACAAGUCUCUAAAAAAAAAACACCUGGAGCAAAACAAUCUGCAAUAUUAAAAAUACAGUAUUUAAAAUUUAUGAAAUCCCGAAGGUGUAUAUUUUGUUGCAAUAGUGUGCUUCAGUGAUACGAACAUUGUAGUUACAGAUAAUCUUUUCCUAUCCUAAAGACAAUUUUUGGUUGCAAAAUGAGAGUUGGGGGAAAGAGAUUGUAAAUGUUGAGACAACCUGAUUUCUCAAUGCUGCAGUUUAAUAUCUGUAAUUCAACCAUUUAAUUCUGUCUACCUUGUUACAUACAGGGAUGUUGUUUUUAGUUUCAUGACUAUCAUUAAAAUUUAUAAGCUUGAAAUAAAAAUGUAAUCUUAUAUUUGA